GGUGAAGGGAACUGAUCGUCGGUUUUCUUUCUCUUAAAAACCGUAACAUUACUAAUACUGGAAAUAACAAUCUGGAUCUCAAGUUUUUUGCCGUGUAAACUCGUUCGAAAAGGAUUAAGAGCGGCAGUGUAAUACAGUUUUAAACAAACAAACAAAAAGUGAAAAAAAUCCUAAUCCAAUAAUAAAACAAUGUGUUGUGAAAAAAAGUGUGCGCUUACAAACUCAGGAUUAUGAUAAAAAGUUAAAUUUAAUACCUACAAUUUACAAGAUGAAAAUUUCAGACUAGGAGAAAAGCUUUUGAGUUUGGACGAUAUGACUAAUUUAGGAGCUCUGAUUCAUCCAGAAUCGGAUUUUGAGAGUCUUAAUUAAGAAUACUGGUUUUAUUAAGCUUGGUGACUUCAAUGCUGAAAAAGUUGUUUUCCAUGGAUGAAACUGGUGACUUGAAUGCCUCUUUUCGUACUUUUAUUAAAUUGUUUUUAACAACAACCCAUUUAACAAUAGAAUCAGUAGCCCCAUAAGGAAUAAUUUGAAAAUUGGUUAAAAGCAGUUUCAAGAAAAAAAAAGAAAUAAAAUCAACAGAACAUAGUGUGAUACAGGGUCAAGUGGUGUUUAUGGAAAGAUGAGCAACUUGGAUUCCGCUGGUUUUGGUGAUUGUUAAGUAACCAAAAAGGAAGAAAAAUCUCGGUCCCACAUCAAUGCUUCGACAUCGUAGAGAAUGAUCUUGGUUUACCAGAUCCUGCUGCCCCUCGUGGGAUUCUUGGCCGCUGUCGUUCAUGGAACGAAAUGCGGUCAGCCAGCAGUGCCGAUGAACGCCAAAGUUUCACUAUCCGACGACACUUUAAAAAUUGGCACCCUUGCCACCUAUACCUGCGAUGCGGGUUACGAGAUCUUCGGAACCGGAUCGUUAGUUUGUAAUAAUAGAGGGAAGUGGCAAGGAGACCUUCCAUUCUGUGGAACCAAUGUUGGUUUUCGAAAACCAGUAAAUCAAUCCACGACCGUGAGAGGAGGUGACGCCAAUCACGGAAACGAUGGUGAUUUUGGCACCGAACAUGACGGAAAACGGUGUACAGAAACUCAAAGUGAGCCUAGUCCCUGGUGGCGGGUCGAUCUUCUCAAGCCGUAUGCUGUCAAGGUCGUUCGGGUUACGACCAGAGGUUGCUGCGGUCACCAACCACUUCAAGAUAUUGAGAUACGUGUUGGUAACAGCAGCUCAGAAUUACAACGAAAUCCACUUUGCGCCUGGUUUCCGGGCACCAUAGAAGAAGGAAUCACUAAAACCUUCGUUUGUGCGAGGGCUCUGAUUGGCCAGUAUGUGUUUCUCCAAUUGGUUGGAGUCGAGGGGAGUUUGAGUCUCUGCGAAGUCGAAGUCUUUGCCACUGAUGAAUUUUCGAUAGAUAGGUGCGCCCACGCAGGAACACCUGCUGAAGCAGAUUUAGCUGCUUUUAAUUCAACUUGCUAUGAAUUCGUUGUUAACAAAGGAGGUUCUUUUCAAGAAGCAAGGACACACUGUAAAUCUCGAGGAGGCGACUUAGUCCACGGAUUUGCGGGAAUCUCCUCAACCUUCAUCCUGAACAACCUUGAGCGGAGGAAGGACAAAUUAAAGACACAAUUAGUCUGGAUCGGAGCCCAAAAGGAACCUCUCAUAACAGUUCGAACCUGGCGAUGGGUGGAUGGCGAAGUUGUGCAGAAACCUUCUUGGGGAAAAGAUCAACCUAAUAAUUAUAAUGGCGAGCAAAACUGUGUCGUUUUGGAUGGAGGAAGAGGGUGGCUGUGGAAUGACGUGGGUUGUAAUUUAGAUUAUCUUCACUGGAUUUGUCAAAGCAAACCAUCAAUGUGCGGCAGUCCGGAAAGAUCAGAAAAUACAAGUAUCAUAGGCACAAAGAGAUCGAUUGGUGCCACAAUUGAGUAUGUUUGCCCUGAUGGUUAUAUGCUACAAGGAUUAAAAAAUAGAGUCUGUGAGGCUACUGGAUUCUGGAGUGAAAAUCCUCCUACCUGUAAAUUUGUCGAUUGCGGGGUACUGCCAGAAUUCGAAAAUGGAGAUGUUAAGCUUCUGGAUGGCAGAACCACGCAUGGAGCAUUAGCUGAUUACUCUUGUAAUGAAAACUACACACUUGUUGGGGAUUCUACUCGACGGUGUGGAGAUGGAGGAAUUUGGAGUGGACAUCAGCCUCAGUGCUUACUUAACUGGUGUCCCGAACCGCCAGAAGUAAAUGGAGGCGUUUUCGAAAUUACGGGCCGAAGAGUUGGAUCCACAGCAACUUAUUCAUGCUUAAAUGGUUUCAUCCUUUUUGGAGACAAUGUCCUGACGUGCGAUAUCGGAGGCCAAUGGUCGGGUAAAAGUCCGCAGUGCCGCUUCGUCGAUUGUGGAGCCCCAGCGCAGAUUGAAUUUGGAAGUGUGUCCUUGAUUAAUAAAACAACUACAGUUGGCAGUUUAAUUAUGUACACCUGUCAAGAAGACUAUUGGCUUGUGGGAGACGGCAAACAGGAAUGUACGAGGGAGGGAAAGUGGAGUCGAGAUACGCCAUCUUGCGAAUUAAUCAUUUGCGAAGAACCGGAAGUGCCUGCUGGAAGCUACGUUGUCGGAUACGACUUUAAUGUACACAGCUCGAUUGAAUAUCAUUGUGAAGCUGGGUAUCUACUUCAUGGUGAAGCCAAACACACAUGCGGCAAAAAUGGAGAGUGGACAGGGGAAGUGCCAUCAUGUGAAUAUAUUGACUGUGGGAAGGUCUUGCCUGUUUUGAAUGGAGCUGUAGAUUAUAUAAAUGGAACAUCUCACUUGGGCAGCGAAAUUUAUUAUUCCUGUACGAGAAAUUACCGACUUAAUGGUGUCUUGAAAAGAUAUUGUUUAGAUAAUGGCCUGUGGAGUGAUGCUACGCCGAAAUGCGAAGAAAUUCGUUGUCCGGAACCAGUCUUGGCUAUUCAUGGAAUUCUUUCCGUAACUGGCAACGAUAGAAUGUAUGGAAGAACUCUGAUAAGAACUGGAACAGCUGAGAAUUCAAAUACAGGCGCAACUUCAUAUAAAAUUGGUGCCUUGGCCAAGUACAGGUGUGAAAGAGGCUAUAAAGUCGUUGGAGAACCUUUAUCAACUUGUGAAGAUACUGGAAAAUGGAGUGGAGAAGUUCCUCAAUGCGUCUAUGUUGACUGUGGAAAACCAGAGCAAAUACAACAUGGACACUACACUUUGACUUCUAAUGUCACUUACUACGGGUCAGCUGCACUCUAUGAGUGUGAUGGAAAUUUUGAAUUGGAUGGAUAUGCAAGAAGACUUUGUAUGGAGAAUGGUACCUGGAGUAGCGAAACUCCUGUCUGCAAAGAGAUCAGAUGCAAAGAUCCAGAUAAAAUGGGGAUGCUGUCAACGCAGGUUUCGACACACAGCGUUGGUGGCGUCGCUCAUUAUAAUUGUCCACGAGGAUCCUACAUGGAAGGGAACGAGUCCAGAAUAUGUUUGCAGAAUGGCUCUUGGAGUGGGAAUUCUCCUGCUUGCUACGCUGUUGAUUGUAAGGAUCCAGGUGUUAUUGAAAAUGGCAGAAUCAUUGUGGUUAAUGGGUCCACCACUUACGGAGGUGCAGCCGAGUACCACUGUCUUCCACAUUUUGAAAGGAUAGGUCCCUUCCUCAGAAAGUGUUUGGAUACUGGACUUUGGAGUGGCGAAGAACCGAAAUGCCAAUUGUCACUCAACGAAGCCUCCGAAGUCCAAGGAGUCGGUACCAGCGUUGGGAUUGGGGCUGGUAUAAUAAUCUUCACUUUGAUAAUCAUCGGAUUAGCCUAUUUGCGAUUGCGAAAGGCUACUCCAGUCAAAAAUACAGAGAAUGUUCAAGCUGCUGAAAGAAAAGAGGAUCAAAAUGCAGCUGUUAUGUCUUAUGCUACUUUGAACGAUGGCACACCAAAUACAAUGUACGAAAAUGUUCCUGAAGAUGGUCUUUACGAUAAUCCCUAUAGCAUUAGUGGUAGCGCUUACGGAUAUGGCGGUACUCAGGGGAGAAGAAUGUAUAACCGAUCAGGGCAUUAUGAGGCUGAACCAGUACACCAUAGAAAUGGUAUCACGAUAAAUGGAGUUUCUGUUCGAUAGUCGUAAACCGUAUAUAUAUAUUUCAUGAAGAAAAAUACUCGAGGAACAUGUAUAUUUCAAUUAAAAAUUCAACUAUUUAAAUAUCGGUAUUAAAGAACUCAUUCUUAGUGAUCGUGAAAAAUUGAUUUUAAAUUAUUAUUUUUCUGUUACUUGAAAAGUAACAAUUCUGUUGUCGACAAGUGAAGUGAUGAACUGUGUAAGCACUGUAAGCGACAAAAAAUGGGCCGAGGGGCCAAUUGUAUGUGUGAUUUUGUAUAUAUGAUAUUAUAUUUACUUAGGUUUUUUUUUUUAAUUUUAGGAUUAUUAUGUAAUGAAAUAAAGAGAAUGUAAUUUAAAAGAUUGUAAAUUAAAACUGACGGCUUUAA